AUGUCGGAGUUUGAAAAAUUUAUCCAUCCAUCAGUGGAUGAUAUCUUCACAUCUGAACCAACUGUCAUUGUCAUUGCCAGCGGAGGCUGCAAACAACAAUCUUCCCCCUUUGGCUCGGAUCAGGCACUUCAAAGCCGGGCUGCAAUAGGAGAUCACUGUAAGACCCCAACGACACUGAUGUGGAUGGGAGAAACUGCAAUCCCGAACAAACUAUGGCAAUUGGAUCGGGUGAUGACUUGCUGUAUCUUUCACUACCAGCAUUGGCUAGAUGGCAUUGAGAAUGAUGGUCUGACAAUUCCGGAGCAGGUGGAUCAUACCUCAGUUCCAUCACUGAUGGGACUUAGGUGGAUUAGAGAAUGCCUCCUGACAUUACUUGAGGAGCAACGUGAGGGCAUCCGUGACAAGAUGGCAGAGAUACAAAUCUACACUGCCAUUCUGGACAGAUUGAAGAGAGGCAGAGGAGAGUAG